CCAGGAUGCCUUGCGGGAUGAUCACGUGGUUUUGAGUUUCAAGAUUUUACCCAGAAUGCAUCGCGAAGGAUCACGUGGUCUCGAAAGGAUAGUUAGUUGACGAUUUUCGAAAGAACGAGAUCGUUGCGUGUCCGAGCGUGUUAAAAGUUCUAUUUUAUUCGGUCAAAGUAUCGUUUCUCGUAUCGAAUCUUACGCGUGCGAGUGUUUUCUCAUACGAGAGAAGAAAAUCGAACAAGAUUUCCCGUGUUUUAAAGUGUAUAGCGUAUUGAAAAUCCAUGACCUCCGGGCACGGGUAGAAGGUAGCGCUUUCCAGAAGGAGAAAAGAAAAGCACGGGCGAAGAAAAGCGAAACCGAUAUCGAAGGAUAUUCCGGUGCAGUAAGUACCGAGGAAAGUCAUCGAGAAUAAAAGUCCGUAGCAUCGUGGACGUGUGUGAGAACGACCGCUGUCAUGCUGCUGGCAUGAUUGCGCAUGCGCGCGGGUACACUUGACGGGCUCAAAAAAUCAAUGACCCCGGUCUAUCGCACGUUCGUUCGCGUCUUUUUCUCUACGAUAUAAGAAGUUCGAGGGUGAGAAGAAGGAUCGCCAGGAGGUAAUAUCGAGGCUCGAGGAAGCGAUCGUCGUGGACGAGAGGGAAAUAUGGAGAUACGAAGGAGUAAGAAAGGAUCGAAGAAAAUGGACGGUGAGGGUGCAGCCCCGAUGGUGGCGCUAGUGUGAAACGGCCGAAUAGCGGUACGGUGAAACCAGCCGAGCAAGCUCGGCUACGUUUCGGCUCACCACUUUAGUUCGUGUCCUACCGCUGUACACGACGGACGUGUUGAACUCGGUCGCGCGUCGCGUUCUCUAUUCGGAGAAAAAAAACUAACUGUUUGUCCGCCACUGCAACUAGUGUGAAACACGUAAUUCGGUGGUUCGCGUGUAAACAGGUAACUGUGCGCGGUAGAUUAGAAGGCACAUAGAAACGCGUGUACCGCGAAAACGACGCACGAGGUCGCGUAGUGUUUCGGCCGCGACCGGCAAUAAAGUUUCGCAGUGACUUGUGUUAAAGAGAAAAAAGAAAAAAGAAGAAGUGGUGAAGAAAGUCAGUGUGCGCGUCGUGUACGAUUGCACCAGCCACGGUUCACGGCCGGAGGUCCGAUAAUCGGAUCGAUUCGAUUCCAUCUAGAACGCUGUUCGCUGGAUUGUCAGAGGAGAGCGUACCAUCCUAGCCGUCGCCGCGGUGCACCGUCCGUCCACCUUUCGCGUUGCCGCGAGUGCACGGGAUAAAAUGGCGCUUGCUUUCGACCGUGUACCUUUAUCGACCGUAACAAACAAUUUAACGACGGAAUCGCGUCGACGUCAAUCGCGACGUUUUUGAGCAUCGAACACAUUACCGCGACAGAUCGUUUAUCUCCGUUCCCCGUUCCCCGUUCUCCGUUCGCCCCACCCCCGGCGCUUCGCAUCGUUUCGCCCGCUUUUAACGUCUUUUCGUCCACGAAUCGAACCGCUGACCGCUGCACUGCCCAUCAGCCACGAGUUCACUCCCGAGCAACAUACUUUCGAAGAAGACGCUACUUCGGAUCUGGACGGAGGGACAGUUCGGAGUCUGAACGCGAGCACGCGUCCUUUCGGAGCAAGGAGCAGGCAGCCCGUGGCGGAGUGGAGCGCGCGAGUCGCGUCUGCGAGAGAUUCAGGCAGGCGUCGACGGAGGCGCGAGAGGAAGCGGCAAAGGUGAAAAGGAGGGAAGAGUAGUAGGAGGAAAUGCGACGAAUCUCGGCUCGUCAUUAAGAGAGUGGGAAACCCUUUGUGGGCGAAAAACGACGAGGGAAAAUCGAACGGGUUUUCUGGCUGUUGUACAGCAGACGAGUUGUACGGCUUCCGGUUGGAACAUCGACGUAGGACAACGACAUAGACAUCGAGACGGAUAGAUGCGGCCAAGCGUCGCGUUUUUCGUACGGCAAGUGUGGAGGAAGCCAGAGGCUGAUCGCGACCAGAUCAACGACGAGCUUUUAAUCGGCCUAUAAUCGAUUUUCAUGGCAUAAGAGGAAUCGGUUGGGCGCGAUCGAGCACGGAACAAGGGGAGAGUAUAUAUAACGGGUGAAUAGAAGUUUGGUGUGCUGGUGGUGGUGGAGUUUAUCGAGGCGAGAGGAGGCGAGAAGAAGGGUAGAAAACGCGGUUGGGCUGCAGGGUGCAUCUGGAAGGGUUGCACGACCUGGAGCGGCAGCAGGAGGAAGAGGAAGUGGCUGGAGAAGCGGGAGGUGGAGGGGCAACAGGAGGAGGAGGAGGAGGAGGAGAGGGUGGUGGCUACGAGGGUGGUUGUUGCACGUCGUGGUCGCGUGACGUGCGGAAAGAGCAGACGAACCGUGGAGGAGGCAUGCGGAGGAGAGAGUGACGACGCUGCCGGUGCGCUGCAGCCUCGCACAGAUCGUGAGAGGACCGGCGGCCCCACGGUGGGGCUGCGAUAAGAAUGGCCCCCUUCAAUAUGGCGGGCGUAGCAGGCCUUCUAGCCACCUGCGCCGCCGCUGCUGCUUCCGCUGCCCACCUUCUGCCGUUGCUGCUGUUGCUGAUCUACCCGCGAGGGACUCACGCGGAACAAGUUGUUCUCUUGGACACGACACAGGAGGAGAAGCUCGAGUGGACCAGGUAUCCCUUCGGUCCGGAAGCUAACACCCCGGGGUGGGUGGAAGAGUCGUUCACGAACUUCGACAAGGGCAUCAAUUGGCGGAGUUACGUCGUCUGCGACGUGGCUUACAACAACGUGAACAAUUGGUUGUGGACCCCGUUCAUCGAGAGGGGACCGGCGAACCGCAUGUACAUAGAAAUCAAAUUCACCACCCGCGACUGCUCGUUGUUCCCCGGAAACGCGCUCAGUUGCAAGGAAACUUUCAGUCUCCUUUACUACGAGUUCGACGCGGCCACCAAGGAACCACCGCCAUGGGAAACGGACAGUUACAAGUUGAUCGGUCGCAUCGCCGCUGGUGAGGGAAGAUUCAACACGAACGCCGAGGUGGUGAUCAACACGGAGGUCAAGUCGAUCCCGGUGACGAAGAAAGGCGUGUAUUUCGCGUUCCGCGAUCAAGGUGCAUGCAUAUCCAUCUUGGCCAUUAAAGUGUACUACAUCAGUUGCCCGGAGAUUUCCGUCAACUUUGCUCACUUCCCGGCCACCCCGACGGGUCGCGAAGUCGCGCUGAUCGAACAAACAAUCGGCACCUGCGUCGACAACGCGGAGGUGAUCGAGCAACCCACUUACCUUUGCAAAGGCGACGGGAAAUGGUACCUAUCGAACGGCGGAUGCCACUGCAAACCUGGAUAUCAGGCCGACGUGGAGAAACAAAAAUGCACCGCGUGCCCGAUCAUGAAAUUCAAACACGAGGCGGGAUCGCACAGCUGCGAACCCUGCCCGGCUUACAGCAAAUCGUCCGAUUACGGAUUCACGGAAUGCCGUUGCGACGUUGGUUAUUACAGAGCCGACAAGGACCCGAAAAAGAUGCCCUGCACGCAACCACCAUCGGCACCGCAAAAUCUCACGGUGAAUUUCGUCGACCAAUCUACCGUGAUUUUGUCUUGGAACGCGCCUCAUAUGCUCGGUGGUAGAACGGACACCACUUACAGGGUGGUUUGCGACGCUUGUAGCACGGGUGUAAAAUACAUUCCGAACACCGAGGUCUUCAACGAUACGAAGAUCACGAUAACGGGCCUAAACGCGGUGACCACCUAUCGUUUCCAAGUGUUCGCCGAGAACGGAGUGUCGGCAUUGGCUGGGAAAUCCGAGUACGUGGACAUCACGGUCACCACCGAAGCAAGCGUGCCUAGUUUGGUCAGCAACGUCAGGAUCACGAGCGUGAAGAGCUCCGAAUUGAGCAUCAGCUGGGACGCUCCUGUAACCGAAGUUGGCGGGGACAGCGAUCUCGUCGAAAGAUACGAAGUGAGAUGUUAUCCGCGCUACGACGACGCUACCAACGCCACGGUCAUCCAAACGUCGGAUUUAUCCGCCACCUUUAAAGGGCUAAAACCUUCGACGGAUUAUGCGAUACAAGUGCGAGCGAAAACGACGCGCGGCUGGGGCGAAUACACGCCGGUGGUGUAUAAAAAGACACCGCACGCUAUGGGUCUAGAUUACGUCGGAGAGGAUGACAAUAUGCAAGUAAGAAUCAUCGCUGGAGCUAUCGUAGCCGUGGUUGUUCUUCUGGUGAUCAUCAUCAUCAUGACCGUAUUGAUACUUAGAAGCAGGGCCUCGGACGAAUGCAACAAGAAACAGCCGAGUGACUGCGACACAUUGGAGUAUAGAAACGGUGAAGGACUAGUUGUGACCUACAUGCACUGCAAAAUGGACAGUUCACCGAUUGUGACAACCCACACCAACAACAAGAGCAAGUCCUCGCUGACCACGCCGCUGUUCACGCCUGCAGUGGGUGUCGCGGCGGCGAGUGCCGGAGGUGCUGGCGGUGGAGGCGCAAGGAGCUACGUCGAUCCUCACACCUACGAGGAUCCGAAUCAAGCUGUGCGUGAGUUUGCUCGAGAGAUCGACGCGGGAUACAUCACGAUAGAAGCCAUCAUAGGUGGCGGAGAGUUUGGCGACGUUUGUCGUGGAAAAUUGAAAUUGCCGCCCGACGGUCGAACGGAGAUCGACGUGGCGAUCAAGACGCUGAAACCAGGUUCCGCGGAUAAGGCACGCAACGAUUUUCUAACCGAGGCCUCGAUCAUGGGCCAGUUCGAGCACCCGAACGUGAUAUUCCUGCAAGGUGUCGUGACCAAGAGCAAUCCGGUGAUGAUAAUCACGGAAUUCAUGGAGAACGGUAGCCUGGACACGUUCCUGCGAGCGAACGACGGCAAGUUCCAGGUGCUUCAGCUUGUAGGCAUGCUUCGCGGUAUCGCGAGCGGUAUGCAAUAUCUCGCUGAAAUGAACUACGUGCACCGGGAUCUAGCGGCGAGGAACGUGUUGGUGAACGCCACCCUGGUCUGCAAGAUCGCCGACUUUGGCCUCAGCAGAGAAAUCGAAAGCGCUACCGAGGGAGCGUACACGACCAGGAGUGUUUACUCCGGCAAAAAGGGUGGAAAGAUCCCGGUACGAUGGACAGCUCCGGAAGCGAUAGCGUUCCGAAAAUUCACCAGCGCCUCGGACGUUUGGAGCAUGGGCAUCGUCUGCUGGGAGGUGAUGUCUUACGGCGAAAGGCCGUACUGGAACUGGUCUAAUCAGGAUGUGAUAAAGUCGAUCGAGAAGGGAUACAGGCUUCCGGCGCCGAUGGACUGUCCGGAGGCGAUUUAUCAACUGAUGCUCGAUUGCUGGCAAAAGGAACGAACCCAUCGUCCAACCUUCGCCAAUCUAACUCAGACGUUGGACAAGCUUAUACGAAGCCCGGACACGCUGAGGAAAAUCGCGCAGAACAGGGGCACCAAUCCACUGGCGCCGGACGCGGUGGACUUGACUCAGCUGACCUCGGUCAGCGAAUGGCUCAACUCCAUCAAGAUGUCACGGUACGCGGAAAACUUUGAAAGGUCCGGUGUGACCACCUUGGAGGCAGCCGCGCGGGUGACCGUUCAAGAGCUGACGGCACUCGGGGUGACGCUUGUUGGACACCAGAAGAAGAUCAUGAACAGCGUGACCGCGCUACGAGCGCAAAUGUCCGCCACGUCGCAGGGAUUUCUCGUUUAAUUCGCGCGCUCUCUGCGAAUCAUUAACGACAUACUUGUUUCACGCGAAAAAGCUAGCUUUGAUCUAUUGCGAUCGACGCCGGGAUUCGAUACGUCCGAUCGCGUUCGUUCGAGGGACGCUAGGAUCCUAGCGGCAUCCUAGUCAGGACGACCAGCCGUUUUUCGCACGAAAUGUACGCGUCUUCAGCUCGAGUACCGCGUCGCCCAUCGGCGAUCUCAGCCUCGAGGAAACGGGAAAGCUACACGCGUAUCGUAAAACAUUCCAGCGCGACAAUCGUGCUCUCCUCGAAUUCUGCCUUUCCCAUCCCCCCAUCGAUUCCGACACGACGAACCUGCCGCGCCUGACGACGAUCCACCCGAACGCGGCCUAGCGAAAAUUAACGCGUAUCUUCUUCGCGAAAUGUCCGGAACGUCGGCGCGUCGAGAGAAAUGGAACUGCCAUUGUAUAAUCACUGCCGUUAAAUUAACACGUACGAAAGUAUGGAUAAUACGAAGUCCAACGCGAAUCCUGCUCACCGUCGAGACUGUUCAUGCACUGAAUCGUUGCUCACACGUACAUAUACACACCAUCUUGUGUUUUCACUCGAAACUGACACCGAGAUCAGUCUAAUAUCGCAGCGUUCCUAACUUGUUCUCCGCGAUAUGCUCACUAAUUCAAACACGCGUACACAGUUUCAUACGUGUUCACGGUACAGAUCAUUGCGCGAACAAAUAGACGGCCUAAAGUUAUUCUCAAAGCCUAACGCGUCUCGCUUCUCUACUCUGUUCAAAGAACGUCGCAAACCCCUGUGAGAAAUACUUGUAAGCGACUCGAACGAAAGAAGGAGCAACAGAGAAGCGGAUGAAAACGAAAAGUCUCCGAUAACGAGCCUAAUGCCGUAUUUUACGUCCCGUACAGCGAAUAUUUUGUAGUUCUUGUUGAUAACGCUUAGUCGAUGUACAACUACGAUUGAUAUACGCGAUUGUGAUACAGAUACACAGCCACAGAGGAACCCACACCGUUACAAUUUGAUCCGGCUUUUGCGAGGAAACGAUAGCGCGAAAUCGAUCGAAAUUACCAACUUAGAGUAUACAUAUACCACGAUUAAACUGAUAAGAGAAAGAGAGAAAAUAAAGUAUAGGUACCUGUUGAUUAAACGAAGGAAAAAAGGACGAAUAAAGAAGCAGGAAUAUGUGCCAAUAAUGCGAAGGGAAGGGUGAAAACGUGUGCGUGAACGAGGGGAAAUGUUUGCGUGAGAGGGAAAUUAGGAUGGUGCGAACGUCGAUCGCGAUUAUUGUAUCGUGGAUAAUUUGUGAGGCGAAGAAAAUAGGGUUUCGAGGAAAUCGUCGAACGCGUGCGUUGCCCCUCGACGUAACGUAAAACAUAUCAAGGCGUAUUUAGGACAAAUGGGAAACGAACGAAGCGAGGAAGGGUGUUCGAACGCGCGACCAGCGUAUCGAUACAAUUUCUCGACGAGCUAAACGAAACUCUGACGGCUGUUUCGAAACGAUCGAGUAUCUUUUCGAACAGUUUGCGACGUCCGCAAAGACAGCGUGUACCGCGAGUGUAGCAACGACGACGUUUAGGUUCGUUUGAGGGAAGGAAGAAGACUCGUUUCGUUCGGAUGGAUGGUCUGUAUCUCGUUUACACAUCCACGUUCGCUGAUCGCAAAGACUGCUUUCCCAGGCAGACUGAAAUCGGGGAGGGAAAGGGCCCGUUGACCGCGACAGGGCCGAACCUUUGAAAUCGAUGAUCGACGGACAACUCGAACGCUUCCAAGCACCUCGGGCGAGCCACGGGAAAUUUUUAUUCUUAAUUUAACGAAUUACGCUAUGAAUACAGUUGGUAAGGUCGACGUUCCGAUAGACGAGAGGAGAAGGUGCGAACGAAGGGAACGUUGAUCACCCUCGAUCGAUCGAUCGGUACGACGAGCCUGCCAAUUAGGAGAUCCUCCCUCGGAGGUCGUUCCUUUUGCGUUCGAAAAAUGUAAAGGAAGGUCCUGGAGGUGGGGGCUUUCGUUCGAAGCGCAGCGUUUCGUGACCGGAGGGGCUGGAAGGUUGCGUCGCGAACGUAAAGUGCUCUGUUAGGGGAGAAAGAGACCGGAAGCUACUGAAAAUGGCGACGAUUUAAGAAGCAAUAAGUGAAUACAUGCAAAUGCAGAUUUUUAUAUAGAGAAUGUUAACAAAUUUCAGAAAAUAUUAAUUAUCGAUAGCGUAAAACUAUCUUCCUAAAUGUUCGUAUUAAAGGUUAAUGAGAAAUAAGGUAAAGCGUAAGGAGCGACGAACUCGCGUGGAGUCCCAACCGAACGCCAAGAUAUCGAGAGAGAUCGAAUGCGAGUCAGCGAGAAAGAGAAAGAAUGAGAGAGUAUGUUUGCGUGUAUGAGAAGAGAGGAGAGAGAGCAGCAUUGUCGCACUAUAAUUCUAAUUUCCCGCGAUCGACCGGACAGACUUCGGCCGGGACUCCGCAAGAGAACAAAAGAUUUAAAAAAAGAAGAAGAAGAAUAAGAGUUUUUCAGGAACUUUCAGCUGUAACUGUUUGUGUCUAGCGACGAACCUGCGAGUGCGACCUGAAGUUUUGAGAAUGUCGAUAGUUUCAGCAAAAUAAUAUUUAGAUUUCAUAGAUCUCUAUCGAUAUUACACGAUCGUAGACACGAAACGAGCAGAUGAUAAUUAGUUAGAGCGUAAAGGAUAUCUUAUUAGAAACAUUUUUCGAUUCCAUUUUAGUCUUUCGAGUUCUGCCAGCUAAAGGCGACCCUCUUUAUCCCGAAUAAUCGCCUCUGUUUCCUUUUUCCUCUUUUCCCAAUCGAUGCCUAUCAUCCUCUAACUUCUAAUCAGCUUACACUUUCAAAGCUUUCGAUCGUACUUCAUGUCCACGUAUUUUCGUUCUCUCUCUUUCUCUUUUUCACACAUACGAAACACUGUCUCUUCCCUUCUGUUUCCAUGCUUUUUAUUUUAUUAAGAGACGGGGAUCCGAGAAACGAGAAUACCGAGAAAAAAGGAACAACGAUAGGAAAAUAUCUUAAUCGAAUGAAAAUUCUUCUCGAUUCGCGCGAACAGACAUCGGUUGACUGCUUCUCCUCCUGUCGUCUUCCUUUUUCCUUAACUAUGUAUUUUUAUAUCGUCAAUUACAUUUCUCUUCUCUUUCUAUCUUUCUCUCUCUCUCUCUCUCUCUCUCUGUCUAUCUCUUUCUCUUUUUCCUCCUCUUUAAUUUUUAUUUUUAAUAAUCAUUAUUCUUUCUAUCGAGGUACCUCCUCGAAUCAUUCCUUCACUUUUAUACCUGUAUUCGAUUAACACUUCUGUAUUACUAUUUAUUAAAAGCAAACAAAGUCUUAUUUAUUGUUUAGAGAUCUGACUAAAUUAAAAAGAACGUUCUAAUUGUGGUAGAUUAUCUAUUCACCUUGUUAGAAUUGUGCAAAAGGGGACGAGAGAAAGGAAGGAAAAAAGAUAUGUGCAUUGUUUUCUUUAACCUUAGAGUUUCCAGAAAUACUGCCGCCGUGUAAAAAAAGAAGAGACUAAGGAAAGAAAAGAAAUGCCGUAACGCAACAUCAUAGAUACGAUCGUCGAGUCUCUAAGCAGCUAUGUUAUCGAUUAGUUAAGCGUUUUUUUAUAAACGACCUACGUGCACACGUUCAAUUUCUCUGCCGUUUUUUUUUUAAAUUUUUUUUAAUUUUGUUUUUACACAAAUCAUUCUUCUUUUCUGUCAGUCUGUUUACAGCGAACUUUGUCAAAGUACCUGCUUCGAAAACGAAAAGCAAAGAAACAAAAUGAAUUAAAAAAAAGAAAGAAAAGCAUAUAUGAAAUUCGCGAGAUGACAAAGCACACAGGUACCGUCCCGUAUAUAUUAUAAAUAGCUCAUCUACUAUCACGUACACGCAUCAUAAUUUAUGUAUACUCGUCGAACUGAGUUUUUAUAGAAUUGGUUCAACGAAUCGCCACCGUGUGUCCUCGAUUCAUUGUAUAAAACAAAGCGACAAAGCGCAACAGAUGCAAUAAGAGAGUUGAUGUCAACAGAUUUUGGAAUGUGUCUAAAAACAUUUUUCCUAUGGUGUUGUCAAGACGAUGUUGAAUGUAAAUAAGAUA